UCAAUUUUUAACUGACGACCUUACGUUAGUUUUUUGAACUGUUUGCUUACAGUGUCGAUCCCCAGUCUGUUUUAAUCCAAGUUCUGUGUUGUUGUUAACUAUUGCAUAUCACUUUCCAUAUUUGAUGUAAGUGCGUUGUGUGCACUUGGUAGGCCGUUGGUUUUACUUUCAUCAUUUCCCAUCUCUCUCUAAUCACGUCACUUCAUGCUCCCUUAAGUACACAAUGCACCUUUUGGCUAAACGUGAACCGCUACAAUAGGCCAAUACAUAAUGGGAUACAGGUGCACUCUUAUCACUUCGUUUUCAAGCUAAUGGAGUAAUAUAUAUGAUAUCGAUAUCUGAACUACGAUGGUAUACCGUCGUAGUUCAUAUAAAUAUGAAGAUCCGACCUACCUGAAUUAUGACUAUAAAUUCGUGCGAACAAUUUGGGAAUACUAAUGCUCAAUAACUAAUGGUGCCAUCACCCAUUAACCUUGAUAGUUCACUGACGUUCUGGGACUUGAAUCAAUCGCAAGAUUUCUUAUCUGAGGAAAAAUUCAUACAAAUUUGUGGGUGGUAUUAAAUGUAUCAUUAACUGAAGUUGACUUUUCAAUUUGUUCCAAUGCCUAUCUUAUCUCAAUAGUUUACUUACAUUGUUAUCUGUUGUAAUUACAACAUAAUACAAUAAGGUGAAUAGUGACAGUACUACCUUAUCGAUAAUGGAUACAUUAUUCAUUAGUUCAACAUUUGAUUCAUUUGAUGUUCUGUAUACGUUACUAUUUGGACUUCUUGUAUUUUGCAUUAUGGCACCAACUACAGAGUUUAUUUCUGCUGGUGUAACAUUAGAGAAUUUGUUUAAUCGAUUUCUUGGUAAUGAAAGUCUAUACUUUGUACAGUAUCAUUUAAAAAGAACUGUAAUGAUACGAUUAUUUUCAUCGUCUUUGGUCUUUCUGUAUUUUAUGUUCAUGCAGUGUUUGUCCAAAAAUGUAGCGAUUUCUGCUCCAAAUAUUUCAUUUCCAUUUACAAUUUGGGAUGUAAUUUUAUGGAUUGGCAUAGGCAGUUUAUCUGUUAUUGGGUCACAUACUUACCUAGUUUGGUAUGGAUCUGGUACAUGGUAUGGUCACCCAACAAUUUUAUCGUUGAAACGGAUUAUUAUGGAAUCACUACCUGAUUCACAAUUGUCAUCUUCAUCCACAGCACCAUCAUCCUUGUCAAAUGGCGCAUUUAGUGUCGCUAUAAAAGCUUUGAUAUCUUCAAUAAAUUCUGAAUAUCAACGUUCUGAUAAAUUCGUAGCAGGUCAAGGAAGUUUAUCAACUAAUUGGUCAGGUCGACGAUUUGUUAUCACAGAUUCAUGGAUUUUAACUUCACGUUUUACUGAAUUCAAAAUACUUAAACAAUCUUCGGAAAAUAUGUUAGCUGUUGUUGUUUCAGCAUUUUCAGUGCUGGACCCAAGCUCUCUAACUCAAGGUGGUCAACCUGACGGAGAAAGUCUCGGUGUGCAAACAAUUGUUACAGUGAGAUUUAUACGUACAGAUACAGGAGUGUGUUUGCUUAGUUUUGGAUUACCAGCAUCAAAUUUAGAUGAGUUACGCAGUAAACUACGUUUCCCUUUAAUACAAGCACAAGGUGUACAAUUAGAGCCAACAAUUAUUCAAAGAUUUAUUGAAGCAUUUACACAAGUAGUUGAUGAAAAUCAACCGGUAAACCUACCAGCUGGCUAUGAGUUGGAACAGUGCAUUGGAUGUAUGGUACAACAAGUUAAUGUCACUUUAAAUCGUCAGUGCGAAAGUUCACUCACCCCUUCUUCAUCAUCAUCAGCAAUUAAUAGUAAUCAAUCAUUAGAUAGUAAUCAAUGCGGUAUAUGUUAUUGUAGACCAUUAUGGUGUUUAGAAUGCUUAGCACGUUGGUUUGCUUCAAGACAAACAAAUAUGCGGUGUCCACCAACUCAAUGGCUUUCUGGACGCGUACCUUGUCCAACAUGUCGCACAUAUUUUUGUGCUCGUGAUGUAUCACGACUUAUUAUUUCUCAUCGACAAUUGAACUAAGAUCUGUUGUAUUUACCAGGUAACAUCAGAAAAUGUGAUUCAUUUGUGAUACCAAUCGUUUUUCACCUUUGCCUACACUUGAACAAUUCAUAUAUAUAUAUAUAUAUAUAUA